AUGGCAGUUGACAUUGUAGAGAGGUCUUACAGUAAACAAUAUGAAGUAUUGUGGGAUAAUUGUCAUGAGUUAAGAACGAGAAAUGUGGGAAGUACAGUUAUCAUUAAAUCUGAAAUGGAAGGUGAUAAGCCACGGUUUCAGAGAAUUUACAUUUGUCUUGCAUCCUGCAAGAAGGGGUUUUUAGAUGGUUGUAGGCAUGUGGUUUGCUUGGAUGGGUGUCAUGUCAAAGGGCCUCACCCUGGGCAAGUGCUUUAUGUAAUGGAAGUUGAUGCAAACAACGGAAUGAAUAGCCAUGGUUAUGUAUUUAUGACUGAUAAGCAAAAAGGUUUAAUAGAUGUUGUGGAUGCUUUAUUCCCUCAUGCAGAGCACAUACAUUGUUUGAAACAUCUGUAUGGAAACUUCUAUUUGGAGCAUAGAGGUCUUGCUUUGAAACAUCAAAUGGAAGCAAUUGCUAAGGCCACAACAGUGCCAUGGUUUGAUGCAGAGAUGAGAAAGAUGUUGGAGUUGUCUAAACUUGCACAUGAUUGGCUUGCAGAGAAAGAUCUUAGGCAUUGGAGUAUGGCAUAUUUCAAGAGUGAUUCCAAGUGUGACAUACUUAUGAACAACCUAUGUGAGGCAUUCAACCGUGGCAUAAUGGAUGCUAGAGACAAGCCUAUUUUGACUAUGCUAGAAAGAAUUCGUGUACAAGAAAGAGGCUUAUUGAGAGCCUAUGAACCAAUGAUUAUGCCUAUGACUAGCCAAGAUCAAUGGAUGAAGAUUAAUUUACCUCCAUUACUCCCUCCAAAAUACCACAAGCAGCUUGGUAGGCCUAAGAAAACAAGGAAACAAGCUUUUGAUGAGCCUAAACAACCUGCUAAUCCAUAUAAGCUUCCUAGGUAUGGCAUCUCUUUAAAGUGUGGCAAUUGUGGUGGAGAAUGGCAUAAUCGAAUCAGUUGUAAGGAACUUAGAAAUCCCAACAUAAAGCCUACUAAGAUAAGGAAAGUUGCCAAGGAAAAACUUCCAGAUGAACUCUUUUUGAAUUAUGUUUUCACGGAAGAAUGGUUUGAAUGUUGUGGAAUUAUAGAUUCUGCAAUUGGCUGUUGGUUUGUGGGAUUAUUGAUGUCUGUGAUGGUUGGUUUUAUUAGGCUUUCAUGUCUGUUAAGGUUUUUGAGUCAGGCUUUCAUGUCUGUCAAGGUUUUUGAGUCAGGUACUUAG